GUAUCGCAGCGUCGGUAGUGGUGAUUCAUUACCUCACAUGCAUUCAUUACACUCGUCGAACAUUCAUUCGCUCCGUCACGAAAUUCCAGCCAGACCGGUAUCCCCGGCUUCAAUUUAUAGAGUUCAUAGAGGCGCUUCCAAUCAACUUCUCUUGGAGUAGGAACUACCGACCAUGGCGACAAUAUCUCUGCUUCUCAUCUUUCUCCUGCACGCUGCGACGGUGAUUUCUGCGGAUCUCCGACCUGGCUUUUACCACAGCACGUGCCCUGACGCUGAAUCGAUUGUCCGAGGCGUCAUGAGGAAAGCACUAAUCAGGGAGCCACGAAGUGUGGCCUCGGUCAUGCGAUUCCAGUUUCACGAUUGCUUCGUCAACGGAUGUGACGGUUCGAUGCUGCUAGAUGACACCCCGACGAUGCUUGGAGAGAAAUUGGCACUGUCGAACAUAAAUUCGCUGAGAUCCUAUGAAGUGAUUGACGAAGCAAAGGAAGAACUGGAAAAGGCAUGCCCCGGAGUCGUUUCUUGCGCAGAUAUCGUAAUAAUGGCUGCCAGAGACGCCGUCGCACUGGCAGGAGGACCUGAUUGGAAAGUAAGACUGGGACGACUAGACAGCUUAACAGCAAGCCAAGAAGACUCAAACAACAUAAUGCCCAGUCCAAGAGCCAAUGCAAGUGCCCUCGUCGAUCUCUUCAGGAAGUUCAACCUAAGCAUCAGAGACCUCGUAGCCCUCUCAGGUUCUCACUCCAUAGGCCAAGCUCGUUGCUUCUCCAUCAUGUUCAGGCUCUACAACCAGUCUGGUUCUGGAAAACCUGACCCUGCCAUUGAACCAGGCUUCAGAGAGAAGCUAGACAAGCUAUGCCCUCUCAACGUGGACCAGAAUGUCACUGGCGAUCUUGAUGCCACUCCAUGUGUGUUUGACAAUCAAUACUUCAAGGACUUGGUUGCCGGUAGAGGCUUUUUGAACUCGGAUCAAACACUCUUCACUUUCCCUAAGACUAGAGGGUACGUGGAACUCUAUAGUAGGGAUCAAAGUCAAUUCUUUAAAGAUUUUGUCAACGGGAUGCUAAAAAUGGGCGACUUACAAUCCGGUCAUUGCGGUGAGGUUCGGAAGAAUUGUCGAGUGGUUAACGGUCAUUCUGAUCAUUUGUUGUUAGAAUGACAUCCGCAUGAUCAUAUAGAUAUUGUCGAGGUCGUGUUGCUGUGAAAUUAUAAUAUAUGCAAUUUGCAAUA